AUUUUACUUCACACCCAAGAGAAGACUCUCAAUGCUACUCGCCUAAGAAUUAUGACCUCGCAACAGGCUGAUGUCCCCGCCGAAUUAACUACGCGUAAUGUUCCUUCGACAGAGCAAUGGGAAACAAACAAAGAGUUCCUGAGGCAGCUAUACAUCAUUCAAGAAAUGACACUCAAGGAUCUGAUGGCAAUAAUGCGAAAUCAACGCAGCUUCUACGCCACAGCUAAGAUGUAUAAGUCCCGGUUCUCAAGAUGGGGGUUCGUGAAGCACAACAGUCUCAAAGAUAUGGAAAAAGUUGCGCGUCGCAUAGUCCAGGGAGGAAAUACCAAUCCAAACGCGACGUUCACUAUCAAUGGCAGAUCUGUGACUGCCCAAGAGGUAGCGCGGUACUUUAGGAGAAGGGGACUAAAGAGAUUGGAAGAUGUUGUUGAGCGCUCUACGGUCACAGCCCAGGAGCCAGAUGAAAGAGUGACGUCAGAAACGCAGGCGUCAGCUUGUAGUGGAACAUCGAGGCUCCAUCAGCUCGCUUCCUUCCGUAUGCCUAUCGCCCCAGUGGUAUAUAUCAAUCAUGAGAUGAUCCUCAAGAUGAUAGAGGUGUAUUACACUGGUUGUUGCGAGACCAAUCUGUGGUACACGUGCACUGCUGGGCGAAUUAGGACGCGCAAGCCAAUCUUCGAUGCAGCUACUGUGCUCGAUAGGUUCGUUGGCUUCUGGAUAGCGGGACUGAAUUUCGCCCGGAAAGGUUCGCGACGUGCCUGCAACCGAGCUCUACUCCAGGCUCGCCAAAAGAUUCCACGGAUCAUUACGGCAGAGCAUCCAAGCACUAUCCGAGCGAUCUUGGAGAUGCUUCUCGAAUACGCAAAAGCAAAUCAGUACGCAAUGGCAACUUUGAUGCUCAAAGAGAUCAUCAAGGCGUGUCCACCUAACCAUUCACUGGCCAUUAUAUGCAGGACGGCCCUCCAGGUCCCGCCCAGCGAAGCCGAAAGUAUGGCACUAUCAGGGUUAGCUUGCGGCGCUGAUACUUUGGCAAAGCAAUGCGGACAGUAUCAUUACGCUGUCGUCCGUUGUAGAGUUGCCCUCAUCGCCUCAAAGUCGACUUACAUGUGCAGCACUCAGAUUGCAGCCGAAGCAAACCGACUGCUCGAAGACUUUGCACAAUCGAGUCAGUUCUCAGCUGAAGGCUACCUGAGCAUUUCAGAGUCGCUCCUGGAAAAUUUAGUGGAUCUCGGGGCAUUCCCUAAAGCCGAAGCAAUCAUAGAGAAUAUGAAGAAGUACGCUCAGAAUUUACCGGCGGAACGGAUCCUAAGAUGGAUGGUGAGCUGCUCAGAUCACUUGUCCAAAGUCCAAUAUUGUCAGCAAAAGUACGAUCUUGCGGAGGAGAACUGUCGGUAUGUGAUUCAGGCCCGUGUUGCAAAUUUCGGCCCCGAUGACCCUUGGGCCCUGGCUUGCAUGUCAAGGCUGAGCGAAUGGCUGCGCCUCUGGAACCGGUGCGAUGACGCAGUGGAAGUGGAAGAAUGGAGAGCCGCCAGAUCAAGUUCCUGAUCAGCACAACAGGGAAGCUGUACGGUCAUGCGCCAAGUACGACGCAGACGAGUGAUCUCGUGUGCGUGUUGUCCGGUGGAAAAGUAUCAUUCGUGUUGUGCAAAUCCGGAUUUCGCAUUGGAGAUGAGUUCUGGCGGAGGAUAUACAAGCUUGUCGGUGCUGCGUUUAUUAUUGGUCUUAUGCUGAGUGAAGCUCGACCGAAGCCCGGUAGUACCUAGGUAAAGGAGAG